AUGGUGAUGCUGCUGCGCUACGUCCUCCUGGUGUGUGUCCUCUGCGUCUGCCUGGGCUGCGGCUGUGAGGCGGCCAACCAGGAUGCUACGACGCUAAAUCGCGACAGCUCUACCAAUACUGAUGAAGACAAUAUUAUCACGGAGGACACACCCAACGCGGCCUCGAAUGGGGCGACCACGAACACUGCAAGUGAUGCUCCCGUCAAAGAACCCAAAAAGGACGGCAGUACCACCGCCCAGCACUUUUCGCCCCUUGUGCUUCUUGCGGGCGCGUGUGCUGCUGUGCCGNACAUCUACGCCAGCCCGGAGGAUGGGCAGGAGUCGCCUGGCACUGCAACUAUCAACGAGGAUGCCUCGAACACUGCAAGCGCUCCUUCCGUCAAAGAACCCAAAAAGGACGGCAGUACCACCGCCCAGCACUUUUCGCCCCUUGUGCUUCUUGCGGGCGCGUGUGCUGCUGUGCCGCUGGUGGUUUGGUAA